UUAAUUUAAGUUAAAUUAGUAUUGUUUCAAAGUGACCUAUGGAUUGAACUGUAACAGUGAUUUGUGUUCAAUAAUUUAAUGGUUCAACAAUUGAUACCAGUCAAACUAUUUGCUGGGAUACAAUUUAUCAAGUUGCACCAGAAAAUCUACUGAAAUAAAUAAGUUUUAUUGCUAUAUGUGAGUUUUUACUUCAUUUACCUUGUUACCAUGUUGGGAUCAAAAUCAUUGUAUGAACUACAUAAUAACUCUCUCCUUUGUCACAGUGUAAAUCACCAGCAUCUUCAAAACGACAAUAACCUUAAUGGUAAAAAUAAUAUUAGCCAUAGUAAUUCACAUGUCUAUUUACCUGUAACACCAAAUGAUACUCAUUUAUGUCCACUUUAUGCUCAAGUUGUUUAUUUAAGUGAUGAGAGUGACAUUGAAAAUGCGAAACAACCAAAUGAUUCCCAUGUUACCGUUAACGUAUCAGCUGAUGAAAGUGAUAGUUCAACAGAGUUUGUCCAUCCAGAAGCAACAAACUUGCUUACUAAUGGCAAAACUAGUGAUAAUAAAAUUGAAAAAUACAACAAUUACACAAUUAAACCCAGUGACAUUUAUACUGAUGAAGAUGUUGAUGAUAUUAAAAAUGAUUAUGAGUGUAACUUAUCAACCUCAGGAUCAAACAAUCCACAAAAUCCCAAUUGUCGAGUAACUCCAAUUGAAGUGGACUACCUUAAUCAUCAUCCAUUACCAGCAUACCUAGAGACAAUCUUUGAAGAAGAUGAAGAAGGUUACUUGUCAUCCUCAUCGUCUAGCUCUUUAGACACCGAGACAUCAUCAUCAUCAGCAAUAUCAUCACCUCACAAUGAUAAUCAAUCCUACCAAGUUCAUAGUCAAAGUGAAGAGGAAAUUUUAUCUCCUGGAGAAGAAGUUGAAACAAUUGAUAGUCAUUCACAUCACCAUUCACACCAACAAUUUUUUUCUGGUCACCAUCAUCACCACCAUCAACACCCAGAAGCUGCUCUUAUAUCGUGUCCAGGGACUAUUAUUAUACCCACUCGACCACCAGAAAGACCUCGAUUUCCUACACAGCGAGCCCUUCAUCAACUAUCCCAAUCAUCAGCAAUUGGAUUAAUUUGUGAUCAUAAUCAAAACAGUGAAAACCAGCGAAGAAGACAGGAAAACGAGCAAGAAGUAGGAAUCACUGGUAAUUGUAGGAUAGAAGUCGAACAAGAGGUUGAAGAAGGUGAAGAAAUCGAAGAAGACUUAGAAAGACAAGAAGAAGAGGAAGAAGACGAUAAAGAUAGACAUCGAGGAAGAAGAAGACGCAAGAAAAGUGGUCAACUUGAAGACGAUAGUCACCUUCCACCGGAGAUACCACCAUUACCACCCUCACCUCUUCACCAUUUACACCAUAAUCUGUACCCUUUUCACCAUCAACUGUACACCAAUAAUUUUACCGGAUUCCCUUCACUUGAAGCUUUAGAGGAAUACCAUCGUCAACAUCAUCUUGAACAUCAUCUUCACCAUCACCACCAAGAACACCAUCAAAACCAUUUUCAUUUGCCUCUUCAAAGAUCAUCAACCCUCGAUUCUCCUUCUGGUGGGUCAGAUUUUCAGUUACCCUGUAGCCCUGAAUCGGAAGAUAGCGAUAUGACAAGCGUUAUCAAAGGACCUUCAUAUAAAGCUCGAGCUCCAAAAAACAUUUGGAGUCCGGGAAGUACAACAUCAAGCUCAAGUAGUGACCUUGCAUCAACCCCAGGACCUGUUACUCCUGGACCCAUGACAAUGGCCUGUGCAACUCAAACAACACCAACCCGAUCCGAGUCUCUCAAUGUAAUUAAAUGUGCUACUUUACCGCAUGGUUUCCGUCCGGUUAAACUGACUCAAUCUAAUCAUGGCCUUGAUGAUAUUGUUAAUGAUGGUCAUCAACAACAGCAAUUACUCCAUGAACAACACAUGAUGGCACCAUCAACAACUGCCUCUUCUCCAGCCUCUGGUGCUCUGGUAGCCUCUUCAGUGGUAACCACAGGGGAUGAUAACUCUUUCACCGUUAUGCCUUCAUCACCCAGUGAAACCUCUGUCCGUCAACCUGAAUCACUGGUCAGUCCAGUAGCCUCUCAAUCCGGUGUACCUCAGGUAAACUCAUCAUCAUCACCACCAAGUAAUCAACCCAGAACACCAAGUGAACAAGGAGAAACUUCAUCCGAUGUACCUUCAGCUCCAGCUGAACCCCCAACCCCACCAAUCACAAUCAAAGGUAUCAACAAGUAUUGGACACUUCCUCGUCAAUCGUCUUCCUCAUCAGCAACCGGUGUUGGAUCGUACCCUGAGAUGCAUCAUCCUAGUCAAGAAUCUUUCCUUUCACAAUCGUACCCCAAUGAUCCUAAUAUUAGUUCAGUGGUAACUGAUAAAGCUCCCCCUCAAAAUGCAAAGUUUCUGUAUGAGACACCAACAGCCAAAUAUUAUACACUGCCAACCAGCCAAACAGAAGUACGAUCGAUUGUUGUCCCACCACCACUUAAAUACGAAGGAAUUGGUCCAGUCAAUGAAUCUGGAGUUCCAGUCUCCUUGAGAUCAGGUGUUAAAGAUGAAUAUGGAUCUGAUUGGUAUAAAACCAUGUACAAACGUUUACAUAAAUGUGAUCGACCCCGUUCAGAGUUAGAUCAACCUAUUAGAGUGAAACUGAAAUCAAGCAGAAGUAGAGAUCGAAUGGAUCCAGAUUAUUUUAGUGAAGAUGAAAACACAUCAAGAGUACCUCCAAGAAAUAUUGCUGAUUAUGAACCUGGAAGAUCAUCCAUUUCGUUGCGAGAAAAACAUAAGUUUUAUGCUGAUUUAAUUAACUACAUUGAUACCAUAUUCUCAGAAGUAUUCUCAUCUAAUGUACAGGAUUCAUCAUCUGAAACAAAUGAAGAUUUAGUUAAUCGAGUCAUCAACGCUAAUCAGAAUCAUCACCAUCGACCAAGAAGCUUGGAGGAUACUCAUCGUCGUCAUACAAUAUCCAAGCGUGAUCUUCACCAUAAAAAUUGUGUUUUCAAUGCUUUAACUUCACCAAACGGCUAUGAAUCAGAUUCUUCAUACAUAAUCAAGAAAAAGGAGCCAAAAUCUGCUCCCAAUCCUGCUUCUCGAUCAACUUAUUGUGCCAUUCAACGCGGUGACAUGGAUAUACCAUUUUCAGGCCUUCAAAAACCUGCUCCAGCACCGAGAGCCCAUAAAGCCAUUUCACCAACACCGUCAGUUUUAACUCCAGCGGGUUGGCAUCAGUUAGCUUCACGGGAGUCCUCAGUUGAACCACCAAGAAGACCACCGACUCCAUUACAUUUGAAUGAUAUUGAAAAUUGGCAGAAACAAAUUAACGAUGAUUUUAAUUACAUUUACAAGACUCUUGAGAAGACAACUUCAUCAUCAAGCAAAUCAAUAACUCCAAUCGGUAUUGAUUCACCAACACAAGCUACUCGGACAACAACUAAUCUCCCUCCCGACUAUUACAAUCAAUACGAUGAAAACCAAGGGAUGCAAUAUAAACCAACAUCACCAAUUACCAAUGUUAUCCGAUCGUCAACCUACACCGAAUCACUGGAUUCAACCCAAACCUGGACCGAUUAUGUAAACCAAUCCUCACAACCACCGCCAUCUCUUGAUAUUAAACGAUCACCAAAUGAAAUGAUCGAUCAUGAUAAUCAUUAUACUAACAAAUCAACUGGAAACCUUUACUUCUCUCCUGGAAGACAACAAUUACAUUAUCCAGACUAUUCCAUUGGGAAAAAGGAGAAAGGCUCAUUGGAAGCCAAUAGUGAAGAGAUUGAACGUUUAAUUAAUGAAAUUGAGUCAAGCGUUAAUUUUGAUGAAGCUUUGAGAGAAUCACCUCAUCGUUUUGAUGAAGGACAAGUUAAUAUCCACUACAAAACGCCAAUCCAAACCUUGGUUAAAGGUGAGGGUCAUCCAUUCAAUAUAGAUGACCUUACCAAAUUUCAAAGAGAAAUGGCAAGAAUACAUUCUGGAAAUGAUUAUGAUCGUAAUUAUAGCAAGGAAUCUCAAAGGAAACAUCAUUUUACACCAAACCAGCAAUCAAUUGUACAUUUGGAUCGUUAUCAAAAGGCUUUCGCACAAAAAGCUGGAUCCUAUUCAUCACAUUUGUUGGCAAGAGUUUUGUUUGACUUUCAUGCUUUAUCGUCACGAGAAAUUUCAGCUAAAAAAGGUGAUAUUGUCAUCAUUCAUAGGCCUGUCAAUCAUCACUGGGUUGAAGUUGAAGAUUCACAAAGUGGCCUCAAAGGUCUUGUGCCUAGAAGUUAUUUGGAUUAUGAACAAGAAGGAAUUGCCAAAGCUAAAUUUGAUUUUGACGCUAAAACUGCAGUUGAAAUUUCCUUUAAAAAAGGAGAUGUCCUGAAACUAAUUAGAAAAGUGGACGAAAAUUGGUAUGAAGGAAUCAAUGAAAAGGGUUUAAUGGGAAUUUUUCCCUGCAGUUAUGUUGAGACGCUUAAAACACCAUUAUAUAUCCAGUUGAACAACAACCUUACAAAUAAUCAAAGCAACUGUAAUACCAACACUGCUAAUGGAUCCAAUCAGUAUCCAUCUUCAUCGUCUGCAUCUCGCCUGACAUCCAAUAUAGCACCAACUCGUGGUUCAAUCUCUUCUUCAUCUAGUCAUCAUCAUCAUCAACAACAACAGCAACAUCAUCUUUAUCAUCCUCAAUAUGAAAAACAGCAUCAAGGUGAACAACAUUCACCUCCUCGUCCCAUUUCACCAAUAAUUGGCUUCAAUGGAAUCAACUCUUCAUCAUCUUCACAGCCUCCUCCACCUCCACCGACUGCAAAUACAACACCGUAUAAUAGACGACGUGAUAUGCUUAAUGAAUUAUCAGCAACUGGUUCCAAUGGGAUUAAAAGUAAACUGUACAGGGUCAUUUAUCCAUAUAAACCUCGUCAAGUGGAUGAACUUGAAUUGUUUCCCGGUGAUCUUUUAGCUGUUUCAAUGCACUGUGAUGAUGGUUGGUUUGUUGGUUACUCGGCAUUAACUGGAAAUUAUGGAACCUUUCCUGGCAAUUAUGUUGAACCUCUUAUGUGAUCACCUAAACACCAAACUAGUACAGUUAACAAUAAUAACAAUAACAAUAAUCGUAACGAUUAAAUAAUUAAUUAGAGAAGAAAGAUAAACAAAAACAAAACAACAUAUGACUAUAAUGCUCAAACUCAAAUUAUACAAAAUUUGUAUUACAAAUCUCUUUUCUCCUCUCUCUCUCUACUCUCUAUUCGUCAUAGCCUUAAAUUACUGUUAUCAUUAUUAUCAGGGCUUUUCAUUUUCAGAAAAGUCCAUUGAUUUUCAAUGGAAAUAAUAUAAAAUUGGUUUAUCUAUCAGCACAAAUUAAGGUUCAUAAAAUUGAAAAAAGAAGGAGAAACGAAAGGGGAAAGAUUAUGCAUCGGCGUAAAAUUUAUGCCUUUUGAUUAAAAUAUGACUUGAUGCAAAAUGAAAAGCCCUGAUUAUUAUUGCUGUUGUUUAAUUUAAUUUAAAUGUAAUUCAAUUCGUUUGUUGUUUCAAAUGCUCUAGUAUUAUGGCAAUGUAUUUAAUUUAUUCAAUAUUUGCUUAAUUUUUUUCUUCGCAUUGAUUUUUGCAAUCUCUUUGCUUCUGUUAUGUUUUUGUAUUUUAUUACAGCAGGGGUUAGGGUUAAGUUAACAAAAGUAGAGCUUUUUUCAUAGUCGCCCUUUAACGAUAAAUUAAAGUACCAUUAGAAUCGAGUUUUUGUUCAGUUUCUAUUGUUUUGUUUUUUUGUUAUCUCUAGAAACUGACCUUUAACUUAACCCUAACACCUACUGUUGCUAUACAUAAACUACUGUUCAUUAAAUAACUAACUGUAUUUAGAUCUAUUUAA